UUAUCCAACUUAUGGUGUUUUGAAAAGAAAAAGAAAAAACAAAAGGUCUUAGUAGAAUGGGAGGCUCAAACCCUAGUAAUAAUAAUAUAAACACUUAAAAACAUAAUAAUAAAAAUCUCUCACUUAAGUGCGAGUGUUUAUGAGAUUGAAUAACAUGGGAAGAAGAAACGGUGGUGGCGGAGGCGGAGGCGGCGGCGGCGGAGGAGGAAGGUCUCUCCAAUUUGCUCUCCGCCGUCGAGUGGAACACUGCAAAUCAAAAUACACAACAGCCGAAGAAAUCGUGGAUCAUCUUCGCUCAAAUUACCCUGAUUACCAACGAACUAAGUACCAAACACUCAUUCGAUUUGUUCACGAUGCUCUUCAAUUUUCCAACAACACUCCCACACGGAACAAUAAUCAAAACAACAACAAUGACAACGAAAACGACGACGACGAAGAAAUUCGAACAUCUUCUCGAAAGAGACGCAAAGAUACCAUUGAUGAAGCUGAAGAUAGAUUGCGAAAGAUGGAAGAACGUCACAUCAAAACAAGGAUGAGCACGCAGGUUCCAUCAACCUCCUCCGAUUCUACUUCCGGCAACAGUGACGAUGAUGACGACGAAGACGGAGCAGUUUCGACCUCGGAGGACGCAAUUUACGGUGAGAAAGUUGAACCUGCUUUUGAUUUGAUGAAAGACAUGCUGAGAAAUUCAUACACAGGAACCAAAUCAGUUCCUAUGGUAGAAGAAAAUAACGUUGAAUUGGAUAUGGGAAAUACCAGUAAAGCCACUAUUGCUGUUAAUAUGGAUGGCGGUGAAGCUAAGUCGGUCACAAAAGGUGAAAAAUUGAAGGGUUCGGCUUCUAACAAUGGCGGCGGCGGCGGCGGCGGUGGUGGUGAUGAUGGGGUGAAAGAAAAAGAAGGGCCUAGGUUUAAGGAUUUGGGUGGGAUGAAGAAUAUUUUAGAGGAAUUGAUGAUGGAUAUUGUGUCAUUGUGUAAUCCUCAAUUGCCUAGACAUUUAGGAGUGAGACCAGUGACUGGAAUUUUGUUGCAUGGACCACCUGGUUGUGGAAAGACUAGACUUGCUCAUGCUAUUGCUAAUGAAACUGGUCUUCCUUUCCAUCAUAUUUCAGCUACUGAGGUGGUUUCUGGAGUCUCAGGUGCAUCUGAAGAAUAUAUUAGAGAUCUUUUCAGUAAAGCAAAAAGGACUGCUCCGUCAAUUGUCUUUAUUGAUGAGAUUGAUGCAAUUGCUUCAAAAAGAGAGAAUUUACAGCGUGAGAUGGAGAAACGAAUUGUCACCCAGUUAAUGACUUCCAUGGACGAGCCAGAGAGUUCUGAUGAAUCUCAUGGCUAUGUUCUUGUAAUUGGAGCCACAAAUAGGCCUGAUUCGCUUGACCCUGCUCUUAGACGGCCUGGUCGGUUUGAUCGUGAGUUUUUUGUUGGUGUUCCUGAUGAAUCUGCCAGGGAGGAGAUCCUUUCUGUGCUUACUCGCAAUCUUAAACUUGACGGUUCGUUUGAUCUGCACAAAAUAGCUAGGUCUACACCAGGAUUUGUUGGUGCUGAUUUGGCAGCUCUGGCUAACAAAGCUGGUAAUCUGGCAAUGAAGAGGAUAAUUGAUGAAAGGAAACGUGAAUUAUCUCAAGAUCUCACAAGUGAGAAUACUAAAAGCUGGUGGAGGGAACCUUGGUUGCCUGAAGAAAUAAAUAAGCUUGCUAUCAAAAUGUCUGAUUUCGAGGAGGCAGCCAAAAUGGUGCAACCUUCAGCAAGAAGAGAAGGGUUCUCGUCCAUUCCUAAUGUUAAAUGGGAAGAUGUCGGUGGACUUGAUUCCUUAAGGCGUGAGUUUGAUCGCUACAUUGUAAGGCCUAUAAAACAUCCUGAGUGUUAUGAGAACAUUGGGAUGAAUCUUGAGUCUGGAUUUUUGCUUUAUGGACCUCCAGGUUGUGGUAAAACACUGAUUGCCAAGGCAGUUGCCAAUGAGGCGGGAGCUAAUUUCAUUCAUAUUAAGGGACCUGAGCUUCUAAAUAAAUAUGUUGGGGAAAGCGAGCUUGCAGUGCGAACAUUGUUUAGUCGUGCAAGGACUUGUGCACCAUGUGUACUUUUUUUUGAUGAGGUUGAUGCUUUGACUACUGAGCGUGGUAAAGAAGGUGGAUGGGUUAUUGAAAGACUGUUGAACCAGUUGCUUAUUGAGUUAGAUGGUGCAGAGCAACGGAGGGGUGUUUUUGUGAUUGGUGCAACAAAUAGGAUGGAGGUGAUGGACCGCGCUCUCUUACGGCCUGGUAGGUUUGGCAAACUGCUUUAUGUUCCUCUUCCAAGCGCAGACAACCGUGUUUUGAUAUUGGAAGCUCUUGCAAGGAAUAAACAUAUUGAUUCCAGUGUGGAUUUGAGUGUCAUUGGAAGAAUGGAGGCAUGUGAAAACCUUAGUGGUGCUGAUCUUGCAGAAUUGAUGAAUGAAGCAGUAAUGGCUGCUCUUGACGAGAAGUUGGACUCGACUGAGACAACCAACGAUACAUUGACCAUUAGGGCAAGUCAUUUUGAGGUAGCACUAAGUAAAGUCUCUCCCUCUGUGUCAGACAAGCAAAGGAAGUACUAUCAGCUUUUGUCAGAGAAAAAUAAAGCAGCAUGAGCUGCGUGGGUAGCAUUAUUAUUGAAUUUUUUUGGGAGCAGCGAAGACGGUACUAUCAGCAUUUGUUAAAGAGCCUUAAAGCAGCAUGAGCGGCACGGGUGGCAUGACAAUAACUUCUUUUGUUUCUUUGCAGUAGGUGAUUAUUAUCAUAUGAGGAAAAGGUGAAGGAAACCAUUUUUGUUAGAGCAAAGUGAAGUAGAUUUGUAUUUUUGCUUAUUUAUGAUAGUUACAUUUUUGCUGCAAUCAAGAUUCAAUUUUUGUCGAGUGGUUGUAAUUUAUGAUUCAUUUAUUCCUUUCACAUUGCAUGGAAUUUGUUGCACACAAUGCUAGAAUAUCAAUAAGAGAAAUGUUGAGUUUGAAUUUGCAUCA